CUCUACAGAGAUGUGAUGUUAGAAACCUACCUGAACCUCAAAGCUAUUGGCUAUUGGGAAGACCAUCACCUUGAAGAACAUUUUCAAAGUAGUACAAGACUUGAAAGUGUUGUAAGAAGUCAUAGUGGAGAGAAACCCUAUGAUUAUAAUCAAUGUGUUAAAGCCUUUGCACAGUGCAGUACCUUGCAAUAUCAGAAAAGAACACAUACUGGAGAGAAACCUUAUAAAUGUAAUCAAUGUGGUAAAGCCUUUUCAUAUCACAGUAAUCUCGAAAGACAUAAAAGAACACAUACUGGAGAGAAACCGUAUAAAUGUAAUCAAUGUGGUAAAGCCUUUUCAUAUCACAGUAAUCUCCGAAGACAUAAAAGAACACAUACUGGAGAGAAAUCUUCUGAAUGUAUUCAAUGUGGUAAAGCCUUUGCAAGACAGAGUGAUCUCCAAAGACAUAAAAUGACACAUACUGGAGAGAAACCUUAUGAUUGCGAUCAAUGUGGUAAUAGCUUUGCAAGACCCAGUCAUCUCCAAAGACAUAAAAGAACACAUACUGGAGAGAAAUCUCAUGAAUGUAACCAAUGUGGUAAAGCCUUUUCAUAUCACAGUAAUCUGCAAAGACAUAAAAGAACACAUACUGGAGAAAAACCAUAUGAAUGUAAUCAAUGUGGUAAAGCCUUUGCAGAUCACAGUGUUCUUCAUAGACAUAAACUGACACAUACUGGAGAGAAACAUUAUGAAUGUAACCAAUGUGGUAAAGCCUUUGCAAGACCCUGUCAUCUCCAAUAUCAUAAAAGAACACAUACUGGAGAAAAACCAUAUGAAUGUAAUCAAUGUGGUAAAGCCUUUGCAGAUCACAGUGUUCUCCAUAGACAUAAACUGACACAUACUGGAGAGAAACCUUAUGAAUGUAACCAAUGUGGUAAAGCCUUUUCAAGACCCUGUCAUCUCCAAUAUCAUAAAAGAACACAUACUGGAGAGAAACCUUAUGAAUGUAAUCUAUGUCGUAAAGCCUUUGCAAGACACAGUAAACUCCAGUAUCAUAAAAGAACACAUACUGGAGAGAAACCUUAUGAAUGUAAUCAAUGUGGUAAAGCCUUUGCAGGUCACAGUGAUCUCCAAAAUCAUAAAAGAACGCAUACUGGAGAGAAACCUUAUGAAUGUAAUCUAUGUGGUAAAGCCUUUGCAAGACCCAGUAAACUCCAAUAUCAUAAGAUAACACAUACUGGAGAGAAACCUUAUGAAUGUAACCAAUGUGGUAAAUCCUUUGCAAGAACCAGUGAUCUCCAAAAUCAUAAAAGAACGCAUACUGGAGAGAAACCUUAUGAAUGUAAUCUAUGUGGUAAAGCCUUUUCACGUAAUAGUAAUCUCCAAAGACAUAAGAAAACACACACUCAAAAGAAACCUUACGGAUAUAAUCAAUGCAGUAAAACCACUGCAACACCUAUUAAUUUCCACUAUGAUCAAAGAACACAUACCAGCCAGAAAUAUUAUUAA